AUAGUAAUAUUUUAUUUGAAGAGUUCCGUGUUGGCGUCUUGUUUUCGAACUAGCAGCAGACAUACAUAUGUGAUAUUCCGGUGGGGAAGAUGUCUCUCUGUAGUGCUCUAUAGUUGAUAAUUAUUGUAAUGACACUAAACAUGAUGGAUUACGAGUUUAAGAUAAAAACGCAGAAGGACCGUACGAAGGUCGAAGAUCUCUUCGAAUUUGAAGGAUGUAAAGUUGGAAGAGGUACCUACGGGCAUGUGUAUAAAGCCCGAAGAAAAGAAGGUGUGCCAGAUAGUGAAUUAAAAUCUAGACCAGAUACAAAAGACUUUGGACUGAAACAAAUUGAAGGCACAGGACUUUCUAUGUCUGCCUGUAGAGAAAUAGCACUACUCAGGGAACUAAAACAUGUCAAUGUGAUUACUCUUAUUCGUGUAUUUCUUUCCCAUAAUGACCGCAAAGUAUGGUUACUUUUUGACUUUGCAGAACACGAUCUGUGGCAUAUCAUUAAGUUCCAUAGAGCAGCUAAGGCCAAUAAGAAACCUGUUAUGGUACCAAAAGGCAUGGUUAAAUCCUUAUUAUAUCAAAUUUUAGAUGGCAUACAUUAUCUGCAUUCCAAUUGGGUACUUCACAGAGAUUUGAAACCAGCUAAUAUAUUAGUAAUGGGUGAAGGAAAUGAAAGAGGACGAGUUAAAAUAGCUGAUAUGGGUUUUGCCAGGUUAUUCAAUGCACCUCUCAAACCAUUGGCAGAUUUGGAUCCUGUAGUAGUAACCUUUUGGUACAGGGCACCAGAGUUGCUACUAGGAGCAAGACAUUAUACUAAAGCUAUUGAUAUAUGGGCCAUUGGUUGCAUAUUUGCGGAGCUCUUGACAUCCGAACCAAUAUUUCAUUGUAGACAAGAGGACAUUAAAACUAGCAAUCCAUAUCAUCAUGAUCAACUAGACAGGAUAUUUAACGUCAUGGGAUUUCCACUUGAAAAAGAUUGGGAAGACAUCAAGAAAAUGCCAGAGCAUCCUACAUUACUUAAAGAUUUUAAACGUUCUAAUUAUGCCAACUGUUCACUUACAAAAUACAUGGAUCGACAUAAAAUCAAGCCCGAUAGUAAGGCUUUUAAUUUGUUGCAAAAGCUGCUGAUGAUGGAUCCAAAUAAAAGGAUUACAUCAGAGCAUUCAAUGCAGGAUGCCUACUUCCAAGAGGAACCACUGCCAACUCAAGAUAUCUUUGCGGGAUGUCCAAUUCCAUACCCUAAAAGGGAAUUCCUAACGGAUGACGACACUGAAGAAAAGACUGAAAAUAAAGCUAGGCAGAACCAGCAGCAAACGCAACAGAAUCAACAGCAACAGGGGAACAGUGAACACAGCCACGGGCAAAAUCAGAAACGAGUGAGACUGAACGGUCCUCAUGGUGCUCCAGAGUUUCAUCAACACCAAAGUCAUGCAAUGACACAUCAACAGCCUCCUGGAAUGGUCUAUUCGACUGCUCAACCAACUCAAUCCUCAAAUUUUCACCAACGUUUUUAAAGGAACGAGAAAUCAAUAAAUCAGUCGCAUAAUUUAUCGACUCAAUUUAAUGAAAUUGUAUGUCAACAGAAUGACCUACGAUCAUUGUAUAUUCCCUUGGUCAUGAUAUUACAAGUUUAUUUAUAUACUUGA